UCCAGGCUCCGCCUCCAGCCUCCAGAAACCAUGGAUGAUGCAUUCGGAAAAGACCCACUUCAAAUGCUUCCUCGAGAGGUGAGCCGCCAUAUAUUUUCAUUGUUGCCGGUGAAGUGCCUGUUCAGAUGCAUGUCCGUCAAGAAAGAAUGGCAGGCCUUCGUUAACGAAAUCAAGAACGCCCGUGCCGGAAAACAGCAACUUCUCGUCAUCUCAUCCCGUCAAGAUAACAGCGACAAAGAGAGAUUUAUAGUGAGGUCAAUCAACCCCGAUCUCAGCCUUCAAUGGGUAUCCUCGUCUCUAUUCGUCCUCGACGGUCAGGACUUCAGAUUCUUUGAUGGAUUCCGACCAAGAAUUUUGGGCUCCUGUAAUGGCCUUGUUCUUGUUGCGGCCGGGAAGAAGAUACUGCUGUGGAACCCACUUACGAGGUGGUUUAGAGUUGUGUUUGAUCUUAAAAAGACUAAAGAUUGCCUUGUUAGAGACUGUUUUUAUGUUCCUGGUUCAAUUUGUUACGAUGCCUCCAUUAAAGACUACAAAGUUGUCCUUCUACUCGACCUUAUAACUCCGUGUCGUCGUGGUCAUCUAAACCGCUAUGUGAGUUUUGCGUGCUUGAAAAGCAAUGUGCUGAAAGAUUUGGGGCACCCUCGGGAAAUGGACUCGGCGACAAGGGGCGUCAACUUUCGCAAUACAUUUCAUUGGUCGGUAUGUCACGACGUCAAGCAUUCGGUUAGGAAUAUCGCUGGACAUCGCAGUAAUCGAUGUUAUUGCAAUAUUAGAUAUCGCAAUAAUAAGAUUGCUUAUUUUGAUUCCAUGAAUGAGACGUUCAAAAUAUUGCCCUCUCCCAAGCCGUGUCAUUGCGAAGAAGACGAUUGGAUAGUUGGUAUGGGAAUUGUAAAUGAUUGCUUUUGCAUGGCUCGUUUGGAUAGCAAGACAGAGACGAUUCAGGUUUUGGGUAUGAAGAAAUAUGGAAAUGGAGAGUCUUGGUUCAGAGCAUUCGAGGUCUCUUUGUCCAAAUUUGGUUGUGAUGGUGAUGGUUUGUAUGCCUUCACUUUUUUCUCUCUAGAAAAGAAUGAGAAAGUUUUCAUGAAAUACAACGGCACGAGAACCCUUGUCUAUGAUCCGGCCAAAGAAGAAGUUUUCACAGUUGACAAUCUCUUUCCUGAUUCAGAGACUAAUCAUGGUAUGUGCUUUUAUGCACAAAGUUUUGCAUCCCCGUAUGACCAAUUAAGUUAAAGAUAGAUGAGAUAAAUACAUUAUAGUCGGCAUAUCUGAUAGUCAAUAGAUGCACCCUACAUGCUUCUUUUGUUAAUCUUGUGGUUAUCCGCUCAUCUGAAUAGAUGCGGCUCGGAAUAUAGUUCAGUAGCAAAAUAAAGAGAAUAUCUUUUCUGAUUGUGCUGAUUAGUUUGAGCUUCAUUCUGAAAUAAGAUCUUUUUGUUUCAUUCUGCCAAAUUGGGGGAUUCGAAUGUCCAUUAUUAGCAUGGAAUCAUGGAUCAUACCCACUUCCAUAAAUUUAACCCACCUGCAAGCUUUGCUUUUCCG